AUGAAAUUCAACGCUGUUCUCUUAACUGCCCUGGGUGUAGCUACUAGUGUAUUUGCACAUGGGCCUCCUCAGUCUGCUGAAGCCAUCGCACGUCGUGAAGCUUUGGUUGCAAGAACCACGGAGGCAUAUUCAAAAUGUGCUGCGAAGCUCAAGUCACGCGCAGAAAUUGACAGAAGAGAUAAGAACACAGAGUCCUUCGUCAACAAAUAUCUCGAAAGCCGCGGGCUAGAGGCAAACUUCGACAAACGAGUAGACUCUGCAGCGGCUUGUGUUUUGGCCCCUGAACAAGAGGAAGGACCGUUCUAUGUCGCCGGAGAAUUAAUCCGCGACGACAUAAGAGAGGACCAAAACGGAAUUGACCUUCUUCUCGACCUUCAACUUAUCAACGUUCACACCUGUGAGCCAUUGAAAGAUGUUCUUGUUGACUUCUGGAGCUGCAAUGUAACUGGUGCCUAUGGUGGAAUUGCAUCUCAAAAAACUGCUGGGUUGACAUUCUUGCGUGGUCUUGCCAAGUCUGAUGAGAAUGGGGUCGUGCAAGUCCUCACCAAAUUCCCAGGUUGGUAUCCUGGACGAGCGCAACAUAUCCACAUCAAAGCACACGUCAACUAUACAGUCUCGGACAACAAGGUAGUCGGAGGAGCAGUACCUCACACCGGACAACUUCUAUUCGAUCAAUCGAUCCUGACCGAAAUCAACGUGCUCCCUCCUUAUACCACAAAUACCAAUAAAUUCACACCUAAUGCCCAGGAUAUGAUAAUUGUUAACCAGGCCAAUAAGACCGUGGGGUACGAGCCCUUCAUGCAAAUUACCCAGACAGGAAGCCGGAUGAGUGAUGGUUUGUUGGGGAAGCAGACACUUGUUCUUGAUCCUGAGGUUGUCGCGAGCCCAGUGGGUGGUGGUGGUGGUUUCCCACCACCACCCUCCAGCUAG